CUAAAGAGAAUAGCGAGUAACCUCCAGACUACAGAUACGGCAUUUAUAAACGCGCGUUUUGUGUUUUGUUUGCUUUUUUGUAUCGGUGAAACGGGCUUCUUAGAAUUUAAAUACAUUUGCUGCGUUAAUUUACGUUGUUAAAUAGCCUUACGUCCAGUAGUUAAAACCCUGGCUUUUAUAUGUGAGGUAACUGUCACCUCAUUUAUCGUGGAACAGAGAGAGAGAGAGAGAGAGAGAGAGAGAGAGAGAGAGCCCACAUCUUUGCUGAACUCACCAAGUUUUUCGGGGCGUCUUGAGGGAAUGUUUCUGCAUCAGCGCGCGCAGCAGCCGUUAGAACGUCUGUGACUGACAGCGCGAGACAGUCUGCAUUCUGCACCGUGUUGACACGUCCUUUCGCGAGACAUCCUGCCUGCGGGGACAAUCUAACAAUGAUUUGAAGAACUGCAGUAGUUUUCCAGUGUACCUGUUUCCCAUCUAGCACUUUGUUGCACAUCUCUGCUUUGGCUGAUCGCAGGAUAUAAUCGCUUCCAGACAAAAUGGCUUCCACAGUGAGAAAAUGUCAGCACCUGUUUUUAACACUGUUCCUUCUCCCCUUGAUGUACUGCAUGCAUCCAGACUGUGUCAUUCAGUUAGAAAAAGAGAAGUGCAUGGAAAGGAUGGCAAUGGAUGAUUCCAGUAGUGAACCUGAAUUAGUCUGUCGAUGGAUGUGGGACAACCUAACCUGCUGGCAGCCAGCCAGAAUUGGUCAGGUGGUCUGGAUGCCCUGCCCUGAGCUGUUUGAUGUCAUGAGUGAAGAAAAUUAUGACUUUGGAAAGGUGAGUCGUAACUGCACUGAGGAUGGCUGGUCAGAGAUGUUCCCUCACUAUUUUGAUGUUUGCCCUUUUAAUGACAAUGGAACAAGUCCAGACAUGUACUAUGUUUCAGUGAAGGCUCUGUAUACUGUGGGCUACAGCACCUCUCUGGUGUCUCUCACCACUGCCAUGGUCAUUCUCUGCAGGUUCAGGAAGCUGCAUUGCACCAGGAAUUUCAUUCACAUGAACCUGUUUGUGUCCUUCAUCCUGAGGGCCAUUUCAGUCUUCAUCAAGGACGGUAUUCUAUAUGCAGAGGAGGACAGCAGCCAUUGCUUUAUACACACAGUGGAGUGCAAGACGAUGAUGGUGUUUUUCCAUUAUUUUGUUUUGUCAAACUACUUUUGGCUGUUCAUCGAGGGCUUGUAUCUCUUUACUCUGCUCGUUGAGACAUUCUUUCCUGAGAAAAGAUAUUUCUACUGGUACACCAUUAUUGGAUGGGGUACUCCAACAAUAUGUGUGGCUGUCUGGGCUGUGCUAAGAGCACAUUUUGAUAACAUUGGGUGCUGGGACAUCAGUGACAAUGCUGCCAUCUGGUGGGUAAUCAAGGGUCCUGUUCUUGCUUCCAUCAUGAUCAACUUUAUACUCUUCAUUGGCAUCAUUAUAAUCCUGGUGCAGAAGCUGCAGUCUCCAGAUAUUGGAGGAAAUGAGUCCAGCAUUUAUUUGCGUCUGGCCCGCUCCACUCUUCUCCUCAUCCCGCUAUUUGGUAUCCACUAUACUGUGUUUGCUUUCACACCAGAAGAUGUCAGCAAGAGAGAAAGGCUUGUGUUUGAACUUGGCCUUGGCUCUUUUCAGGGUUUUGUAGUAGCUGUUCUGUACUGCUUUCUCAAUGGAGAGGUGCAGUCAGAAAUCAAAAGGAAAUGGCGCAGCUGGACUGUGAACCGGUACUUUGCUGUGGAUAUGAAGCACAGACAUCCGUCACUGGCCAGUAGUGGUGUGAAUGGGGGCACCCAACUCUCCAUCCUCAGCAAGAGCAGCUCACAGAUCCGCAUGUCCAGCCUUCAGGCUGAAACACAAGCCACAUGAGUGUGCAGAAGAAUAGACUGAAAGCCAAAAUCCUCAGAACUAGAUCUACAUAAUUAUAUCAACAUCCGAGUCCCGUUUCUUUUUUCGAGACUGAACUAUAUGUUAGUCAAUCCUCCAUAGACGACAAGCUUUGGAUAUGGAAAUCUGAGGAUCUCCCAACCAAUUGUCUAUUGUUCGCCAAGCAAAGAUGGAUACUUCUGAAAUGGACUUGUGGAUGAAACUUAUUUCAUCUGAUUCUGUGUAGGAAGGGAAUUAUAUAUCAAGAGGCUGCAUUGAACAAUAGUAUUUAGGAUGUGUUUUCUAUUCAGAAAACUGAGGCUCAGCUAAAGGAGAACAAGGUGGAAAUAAUUUGUAAAUAUAAGCACCACAUCAGUCUCUGUGCUGUUUCUUUUUGUCUUAUAUCUUAUUUGUGUCUCCUCUAUGCUAAUAAAGCUUCAAGAUUCUCAAUGUGAUACAUUGUUUCAUCUUCGAAGAUGCAGUUGGAGAGGAUGACACAGUUUUCUUUAAAGCUGGUGUCCCAGUAAAGGAAAAUGUGACAAAAAAGCUUUUGUCUGUGAAGGAAAACAAACUACGUAUUUUCCACAAUGGCUUAAUUAAUCGCUGAUUCUGAUACUCAGACUUGUCUCAGUCAUUUAAUAUGUGAAUAUGUUAUCUUAAUGCUGUAUAUCUUGAUUUUAGGACUAAACUGCUGGAAAAUUAAGUUUAAAGACAAAUGAUGGCACACAUAUGGUACAUUUAUCCUUGAAAUAUCUGAGUGGAUCAAUCUUGGGCACUACAGUUUCAUGUGACAUAUUUUCUGAAUCUUGAUAGCCUUUAAAGUGAAGCUUGAUUUCAAUAUCUUUCUGUAUUCAGAAGAUCUGAAUUAAAAAAAAAAAAAAGUUUUAUAUUUCUCUGCCUUUGUUAGGUUAGGUUUGAUUGUUAUCUUGUGGGAUCUGUUAAGCAAAAUUAACAUUUGAUACCUCAUUAAAAAAAACAAAGAGUAACUUGUUAACUUGUUUUCAUGAGUGGAAUCCUCUUAUGCUUUAAAUGUGGAUUACAUGUGCUUCUAGAUCUUUAAACAGCCACUAGUACAAAAAAUGUCAAUUUUAAAAUAAUGCAACAAAACUUAUGCCACAAUACUUGGCAUAAUAAUGUACAAUAUAAGUGGAUAACAUGGAAUUCAUAUUUUUGUCACAUGCAUGUUUAUUGACUUUUAGAAUGACUAUUAGCCUUAGUGCUGUGAAUUUACAAUAAUUGUGAAUUUUAACAAAGCCAAUAAUUGAAUUUAAACAGAUUCAACUAAGCUAAAUUUCAUGAUUGUACAUAACAGUUUUGAAAAUGUUCGGAUUGCUGUUCUGAGUCAUAAUCUUUUAUUUUUGGCUCAUUUUGUAAUUUAAUGUCAUAAAAGAAUCAUCUCUAGUAUAAUAUUUCAACAUCAAGCAUUUGCAAAUAGAGCACUUUUAGAUUCCAAAGAUGAUGAUGAUUAUUAUUAUUAUUAUUUUGGAUAUUUAACUCCAUAAGACGUCAUUUUCUGUACUAGUUUGCAAAAGAUGUAAUGUCUUUGCAACUGAUGUCACUGAGUAUACAGUAUACUGAAGAUGUUUGUUUUUGUUUUUUUUCUUCAAGUGCCUUUUUGUACAAAAGAGAGAAUUGUUUGGUUUUGAUCUAAAUUAACUGCAACACAACAGCAUCCCUCUGUGAAAGUGCUUUUUAUUAUGCUUCAUUAAGCCAAGAGGCCUUUAGAGAAUUACAUUUUUUUUUGGCAAUGCCUUCGAUUUCUUUCAGUAAUGCUAAAACUAAAUUGUAUGUUUCUUUCAUCUGUAACUUGAUAUUAAAACAAUGUCCAAAAUUAGCAAAGCUGACAGUGAGAAUUUGGUAAUAAUUAGCUUUUUUUCUGUAUAUCUUGUUUUACAUUAGACAAAAUCUAUACAGUAUAUAAUGAAAAUGAUGAAACGUUCUUUUUUUCAAAACUUAUUUUAGAAACUGUUAACAAAUAUAUUCUCCAUUUGUAAAGCAUUGUGACAAUAGUGCUUGAACGGAUCUAUCACAAAACAAACGCCUUGUUUUUCAAACGGUAACUGCAAAAUGUAAAAGGCACACAAGGACACAUAUAUAAUGUAGAUUGCAUGUUUUACAAGAUCAGUAUUUAUUUAUAUGUAAAAUUAUACUGUAUUAUAGAUUUUUUGAGUAAUUGCAUUAUCAACCAAUUGCAUUUGAAAAAUAUCAACAAACUUUAAGUGGAAUGAUUAAGCUUAGUGUUUACAAUUAUUAAUACAAAUGUGAUAGGGUCAACCCUAGUCUGAUAUACUGUGUGAUCUAUGUAGGACCAUUUUCAAUUUGUAUGUUUCUCUCUAGUUUUUGAAAGGUUUUUUCAAAGAUGUAAAAUUACUUUUAUUCGAAAAUAUGCAAUUUUGGCAUAUGACAAACAAUUAUUAUGUUUUACUAAUAAGUGCUGAAUAUAUCCUUUAUUUUCUAUUUAAAUAUCAUCAGUUACGUAACAGAUCUGAUACAUCUGUAAAAUCCAUCUAUUUCUAAUUCUUGUUUACAUCAAUGACACCAUUAGUGUGUGUGUGUCAGCAUAACAAUCUGCUAAGUGUUGUCAUGUAAAAGUAAACAAGCUUGUGGAUACUGCAAAGAAAAAAAUACAUAUCCUUUUUAGUUUAGAUGUCAAAAUAUCACAAAAACUAAAAAGUGCGCAUUUGUGACCGUUUUCAAGGUCGUGCACUGAAGUUGUAAUUUUGUCAUUUGAAUGCAUUAUAAGUGAUAAUGCUUAAAUGUGUUUUAAUCCUCUUGAACGAUGCAUGUAUUUCCUGUGAUUUUGUGGGCACUUAAGCAUAAAAAGUGGGUGGCUUAUAUGUUGAUGUACAGCAAUAUUUUGUUUUUCCUCCCAAGCGAAAAUACAUCAUACAAAUACACUAUCAAACCAAAAUGUCAAAAAAUAAAGUGAGAUUUCUAGUCUUAAUCAUAUGGGUCCAACAAGCAUGUGCACUUUCUUGAAACAUCAUCACAAUUUGUUUUUUUAAUAAACAUCAAUGUACAUCCUGUUAAUUAUGACAGUACUUUUUGUACAAUAGGUUGUCUAAAAAAAUCAAUAAAUUACACAGUUUUCUCUAACAUAAAAAAAUAUAUAUAACACUAAACUUGCAAUGUUGGACAUGUCAUCUUUAAUACCACUCAUUCAAAGCAGUGGGAUUGCAGUGCUGUUACAGAUUUAUACAUGUCUACAGUAUAUAGAAACAUGCCCAAUCCUUACCAAGAAAACAUUUUAUACCUCUUACAACAAUGAACAGAGAAUAUUGCUCUUACCUUUUAUCAAAUGCAAUCACCGCUGCAGACAUCCUUAGUUAGAAUGUAAAUAAAUACAAGCUGAUGGGAAAUUAUGUAAACACUGUCAGCUUACAACGGGUAAGGUGAUGAAAAUGUGAGGGGUUUUAUAUUUUACAUUAAAGUUGAUUAACAUGUUUUGUUUUUCUUGUAUGUUUAAAAUGUGUGAAAAUGUAUUAUAACUAAUACAUGUAGAAUAAACUAUGGAUUUAGAUGUAAUAUAUAGAAAAUGUCUUUAAUGGGAAUUUACUAGGGGUACAAUUUCACUUCAUGUACAUUUGGAACAUGUAAGUGUUUUGUCUUUUUUUAUUAUUCUGGCACAUCAACCACAGCAAAAUACAAAUAUAGUGUUUAGAAUACUAAUAUUACAGUUUGUGGGACUUGUAAUGACAGUAGAAUAAUUUGAAUGUUUAAGACAAUGUUAAAAUAUUUUUUCUUUCAUUUAUAGUGAAUCUUUUUGUACAUUAUGGAAUA